AUGUUUAAACAUACCAGUACUGGAAUGGCGAUCCCAAAUCCUAAUCUAUCGACAUCCCACCAGCGUCCACGAGCCCACCGCGCCUCGGGACUUUAUAGCUACGCCAUGAAAACGUUGACCAGUGGAGAUCUGAGCGAUAUGCAGUUCUCCGUCGGCGGUGAUUUCGGUGCUGCCAAAAAGUUCAAAGCUCACAAGUAUCCUCGUCAGUCACCCCCAAGAGGCCGCCAUUUCUCCCAGUAUUCUUUCUCUGCAGGUACAUUCUUAGCAUUCGCAGUCCAGUGUUCUACACGAUGUUCUACGGAAGCCUGGUCGAAACGGGUCCCCAGGUCGACAUUCCCGACUGCAUGCCCGACGCGUUUGCCAACAUGCUCCCGCUACAUGUACUCGGAUGCCGUGGAGAAUCUCACCGCAGGCAACGUCGUCCCGACCAUGCGAUGCGCUGACAAGUACGACCUCCCGGAGCUGGCCAGCAUGUGCUUGGAGUUUGUGGACACGAAGUUUGUGGAGAUGAAUAUCGGUGAAUGUGUGGUCAUGUUGGAGCAGGCCGUUCAGUGGCAUGUUGAGGAUGUCGUGGAGAAAUGUCUGCAGCUGGUGAAACGGCAGAGCGACACAGUACUGCAGACGGAACAGUUUACGACCAUUUCACAGGAAACGCUAAAGAUGAUUCUGCAGUCCAGCGCUCUCACGUCGGAGGAGAAUAUCGUCUAUUCGGCUGUUGAGAGAUGGGCAAUGGCAGCUUGCAAACGGGACAAUCUGGAGCCCACCGCAGUGAACCGUCGAUCGAAGUUGGGCGACGCGCUGUUCCUGGUCCGCUUUCCGCUUCUGACUGGCGCGCAGCUUGUCGCUGGUCCCGGCAAGAGUGGUCUGCUGCUGGAUAGCGAACUGUUGAGUAUCUUCAUGCACCAGAACGGCGCUGUGGAGACAAAACUGGCCUUUUCCACGGAGCGGCGCAGCAGCGCGGCCGGUCAGGCGUUCGUCCAGGAUGAGGUGUUCGCGCAGGACGGUGGUUGGUGGCAGCCGGCGAAAGUGGUAGGCACGCUGCAGGACGAGGUGGUGCUGACCUGGUGCGCCAGCAGUAACGAAGCCCGGGUGGCGGCUGCGAAGGUGGUGCGGGCCGCGGAUAUUUUGAAAAGCGGUCAACUGCUGUGUUGUAAGGUGAGACAGCCGUCCCGCGUCGGCACAUAUGUCCAGCGAAACGCGGAACACCAUCACGUCCGCUUCAGCGAUGGCGAAGACGCCUACCCUUGCUUCUCCCAGCUGUUUUUUAAAGCAGACCAGGUCUCGGCCUGGAAAGCCGGUAGAGCCAGCGGCUUGUGAAACGUUGCAGGCAUCAUCGUGUUGCGCGAUAAAUCUGGCAAGGUAUAUAAAUCUUUGUGCAGUUUCUUUCAGAAAUCGAAAUUGUGGUAUGUCAAGUUAAUUUUAUUAUGGUAAAGGUAAUAACUUUCUGUCACCUUUCUGAUAGCGAACUGCAUUUGUGUCUGUCGUGUAAUGCGAGCGAGUUUCGAAAUUUGUCCAACAAUUAUGCAGCCGCAUUUUUUUGUACUGUGGACGUAUAUUUCGCUGCUUUUGGUUUUGGCUGUUUUGGAGGAUAAAAGUUUUCAAAAAUAGUGUUGUUUGUGCAGUUUGUUGCUCCUAUA